AGGCGAUCACCCUGCAGUCCGUCCUUUUCCCACCUUUAUGACUGUUGCGUUGCCCAUUCCUUCGCCAAUUCUCCCUGUACCUCCACCUUUCGACCACACUCCCUCAUGGCAAUUUCCUCUUUCUUCGGCAGCUCUCGUGCCGUGUUCUUCGCGGCCAUCCUCCUGAGGGCCAUUUUUCUGGCUUAUGGGGUCCUUCAAGACGCAUAUUCUCCCAUGAAAUAUACAGACAUUGACUAUUUCGUUUUCACGGACGCUGCACGAUUCCUUUCCCGGGCACAGUCACCAUACUCCCGCGAUACGUACAGGUACACGCCGCUUCUCGCAUGGCUUAUCUACCCUACGACAUGGCCCGGCUUCUGGUUCUCAUUUGGAAAGGUUCUUUUCGCGGCUGGAGAUAUCAUCACCGGCUGGAUGAUGUUCCGCAUUCUUCGAACCUACCAAAACAUGUCUCAAGAAAGAGCAUUGAAGUACGCGAGCAUAUGGCUUCUGAACCCCAUGGUUGCGACUAUUAGCACACGGGGUAGCUCGGAAGGCCUGCUGGGUGUGUUUGUUACUGCGCUGCUUUGGGCGGUCCUAGCGAAGCGCGUUCCUCUUGCCGGAUUCCUUCUCGGCUUCGCAGUCCAUUUCAAGAUUUAUCCAUUCGUAUACGCGACGUCAAUUAUCUGGUGGCUUGAUACGGAUCGAACUGCCCCAAGUAGAACCAACAAAGCUGCGGCGCCUCCCUCACCGCUUUCUCUAUUAUUCAAAUUCGCAACCCCGCAACGCAUUGCCCUGGCUGUUUACAGCUUAAUCACGUUCCUCGGCCUGAACGCAGUGAUGUAUCUUGUGUAUGGAUGGCCUUUCCUUGAGCACAGCUACUUCUACCACCUCAUCCGGAUCGAUCACCGACACAACUUCUCCCCCUACAACACCCUGCUCUACCUCAAUUCGUCUCCAAAGGAAGGCACCGGCUUUACCGCACCGUCUUCCAUCGAACUUGAGCGCCUAGCUUUCCUCCCGCAACUGCUGCUCAGCGCUGUCAUGAUACCCUUGGCUAUUGCUAAGAAGGAUUUGUCGUCCACCAUGCUGGCGCAGACUUUUGCGUUCGUAACAUUCAACAAGGUCUGCACAAGCCAGUACUUCCUCUGGUACAUGAUGUUUCUUCCCUACUAUCUCCCUGAGUCUACACUCCUGGCUUCUCGAUCAACUGGAAUCACAGCGCUUGCAUUAUGGGUUCUUGGUCAAGUCUUCUGGCUUCAGCAAGGAUUCCAGCUGGAGUUCAAUGGUCGGUCCACAUUUGUCCCUGGACUAUGGGCUUCCAGCAUCUUGUUUUUCCUCGUCAACGUCGGCAUUCUAGGGAUCAUCAUCCGAGAUGUGAGAGAGAAAGCUCCGUCUACGGGCGAGAUAAAGUCACCGAAGAAGAAAGUCUAGUCUAUUCGCCUUCAACGCGGUUCUAUCACCUCUCG